AUGGGUAGAGUGAUUUUGUACUUGGUACUCAAUUGUAUCAAAGGGAAUACAUUCGAUGAAAAGGAUGACUACAAAUACAAAAGUGAUUUCGACAACCUCCAAAAUAUAUCCGACGAUUUGAGAGAGCUGCUUUUAGAGCUGUGUGACGAUAAAGAACAUCGAAUUGAAUAUAAAGGUAUCGUCAACCACAAAUGGGUACAAUCGAAACAGCUGAUACAAUAUAUCUAUAGUGGUGACAAUAUUCAAAAGAAAGACAUUACACUCAAAGAUCUCUAUCAAAUAUUUAAGGAGAAAGAUGAAUUUUCGAGUGAAUACAUUGUAUUUGUAUCUUACUAUUAUGAUCAAGAUACAUUAUAUCUUUUGGAGGAUACAGAUCGCAGACAUCUUUAUUCAGUUAAAACAGUGUCAUUAUUCCAUAUUAAUAUUUUAAAGAAUUGUGAUAAACCAACAGAGCACAAAGAAUAUCAACGACUUUUAACAUUGUACAAAACAGUACUCGCAGAAAAGAACUCGUUAAUGGCUAUUAAUAUGCAAAAGUUGUUAAUACCCAGACCAGAUUCAGAUGUUUAUAAAGCAGCCGAUCUAUUGAACUAUCUCAGUUUGUUAUCAAGUGAGGUAAAAGCGACUCUUUUAUCAACAAUAACAAGUAUCAAUAUCUAUGAUCACUACUUGGAACAAUCACCAUUGAAAGUUACACCUGAUAUCGUCGAAAGUAUACUUAUGAAUAAUGAUUGUAGAGCUCUUUUUAAAGAAAGAUAUCAAAAAGAUAUGGCAGACUAUAUUGUUUUGGUGACUGACGAUAAAGAUCAAUUUUCAACACUUCAGUCAUUGCAAAUGAAAGAGAUUAGAUCAAUUUGUAUGAUUAGUCUAACUAUCAAUCAAAAACUUAAAGUCAAAGCAUCUGAUAUUUACAAACAAUUGGUCAAUGUUUACUCAUCUUUGCUCAACAACAACAACAAAAGAUCUGAGAGUGAUGAAUCAAAUGAUAUCGAAGCACAAGAAAGAUUGCAGUACUUAUUACCAAGAGUAGAUAGUCAUAUGUAUAAUCCUUAUCAAUUAGUUUACUAUUUGAGAGUAUUUGUCGAGCAAGAUAAAGAUGAAGAAUCUGUUUUAUCAAGACCGAUAGCAUUCUCCAAGUAUAACGAUCAAUUACAAGUUCAAUCAUGGGAUAUUCAUCCUAAAUCAAUAGAAGAAUUGAUUAAUCAAAACUAUGAUUAUCUUAAACAAUAUAAUAUGUCAAUAUCAGAUUAUAUUCUAUUGGUAUCUUAUACGGACACUCCAGAUGAAUUACAUUUACUUUCAUCGAAUAGACAACCAAUCUAUAAAUUCUAUACAAUCAAUGCAUAUUGUAUAAAGAGUUUAUCUGAUGACUCAUCAUUGAGAAACAAGAAUGAAUAUGAACAAUUGGUAGAUCUUUAUGAAUCUAUAUACAAAGAAAGAGUAAUCGCUUUCUUACAGAAUAUAAUACCAUAUGAACUCUACAGUUUGUUAUUACCCACAAUCGAUCAUAGAAACUAUGAACCAGUUAGUAUCAUUCAUUAUAUUCAUAUUUUAAUGUCAAAGAAUAUGGAUGAGAUUCACGAGCGAUUCUGUUCACCUAGAGAUCUUCGAAUCAACGAUCACCAAGGUAUCAGCAAUCAUCGAUUGGUGCAAUCGAAACAACUGAUACACAAUAUCUAUAAUGUUGACAAUGUUCAAAAGACAAACAUUACACUCAAAGAUCUCUAUCAAUUACAUAAGGAGAAAGAUGAAUUAAAGAAUGAAUACAUUGUAUUUGUAUCUUAUUAUUAUAAUCAAGAUACAUUAUAUCUUUUAGAGGAUACAAAUGACAGACAUCUUUAUUCAGUUAGUUGUGGUAAACCGACAGAACACAAAGAAUAUCAAAGACUUUUAACAUUGUACAAAACAUUACAUGAAGAAAAGAAACCACUGUCACCCAUUGCCAUUAAUAUACAAAAUAUGUUAAUGCCCAAACCCGAUACAGAUUUAUAUAAAGCAAGCAAACUAAUGAAAUAUCUCAGUUUGGUAUCAAGUGAUGUCAAAGCGAUUCUUACAACCUUGACAAGUAUCAAUAUCUAUGAUCAACACUUUAAUCAUAAAGCAAUGAUAGUUACACCCGAUAUCGUAGAAAGUAUAUUUAUGAAUAAUCAUUAUGCUCUUUUUAAAGAAAAACAUCAAAUGGAGAUGUCAGAUCACAUUGUUUUGGUGACUGAUGAUAAAGAUCAAUUUUAUACUCUUCAAGCAUUGCCUAUGAAAGAUAUUAAAUCACUUUGUUUCAUAAGUAUAACGAUCAAUCAACAACUUCAAAUCAAAGAAUCGGCUCUAUAUGAUCAAUUGGUCAAUGUUUACUCAUCUUUACUAAACAAAAGAUCGAGUGAAUCCAAUUCCAUUCCUCAAGAAAGAUUGCAAUACUUAUUACCAAGAAUAGAUAGCGAUGAGUAUAAUCCUUAUCAUAUUGUUUACAAUAUCAAUCUGUAUCAAGCCAAACCAAAUCAAAUUGGAUCCGUUUUAUUAAGAUCGAUAGCAUUCUCCAAGUAUAACGAUCAAUUACAAGUUGAAUCAUGGGAUAUUACUCCUAAAUAUGUACAAUCUUUGGUUAAUCAAAACUAUGAUUAUCUUAAACAAUAUAAUAUGUCAAUAUCAGAUUAUAUUCUAUUGGUAUCUUACACAGAUACUCCAGACAAACGACAUUUACUUUCAUCAAACACAAAACCAAUCUAUAAAAUAAGUACAAUUCAUGCAUAUUCAAUAAAGAAUAUUACAUUGGACGAUUCACCGGUUAUCAAGAGUAGUGAAUAUGAACAAUUGGUAGAUCUUUAUGUGUCAUUGUUGUCAGAAAGAAAUGAUCAAUUGCUUACACUAAUUCCAGAGGCUCUAUGUAAUAUGCUAUUACCUAAAACUCAUUAUAAACACUAUCAGCCAAGCAAUAUCAUUCAAUACAUUCACAUGUUGGUGUCAGAUGAAAAGUUAAAGUCUGUCAUUGCCCAAGUUAAUAAUGUAAUACCACUGUCACUGUACGAAAGCUACAAAGAAUAUAAAUCGAUUCACCAAUUCUCGAUUAUGGAUUAUAUUGCAUAUCUUAAUCACGACUAUGAGCAAAUCAAAAAGAAUCACUCCAUUGAAAUUUCCAACUAUUUGAUUCUGGGAUCGAUUCAUGAAAAGCCGGACUCUUUUUUCGUUUUAUCAUACCAUUCACUCUUUUCAAUGAAAUCGGCAUAUGCUUUUCAAAUAACAAAAGUACACGACAUUAUAGUUCCAGAGUAUUCACCAAUUCAUGUUGCAUUGAAAGGUUUGUACAUUUCACUACGUAAAGAUAAAUUUUCAAAGAUUAUAGGAUCAAUGCCUCAAAAUAUAGCCAAUAUAAUUGCUCCACCUGAUUCCAAUAUUUUUAAAGAUAAGAAUAUGAAUAUAGCUUAUUAUAUUAAUUUGAUUAAAUCAGAUAGUGAAAUACAAACAAUGAUAAACUGUAUGGAAGAAGAUUUGAAAGGUGAAAGGAAUGUACAUGACCUAAAGAUUGAAACUCUGAAGAGAGAUUUGAGAAAUCUCAAUGAUUAUACCGCUCAGAAUGAUAAGCGAAUCAGUGAUAUCACCCAUGAAAUACAUCUGCUAAAGAACCGCAAUGAAGCAGUAAAGUUGCGCUCAUCGAAAGAGCAAGUCGAUAUCAACAAGCAAUCAUUGAUGAAUCUCAAGAAUAGCAUCGAUCAGCUCGAGAAGGAUAGGGUCGAGAGCUAUGAAGAAAUGAAGAUCGCAUUGUCCAAGGGUGUCAAACAGAAAGACGACACCGAACUCACCAAAGAGGAGGAGAAGGUCGAAGCAGUUCUGUUAGAGUUGAGCAAAAAAGUUGAUAAACUAGCCAGAGAAUUGACAGAUCUUGAAAUUAAAAAUCAAAAUAAUUUUAAUAAAUAA